UAUCGCCAAACGUUUACUGUCUGGAUCAGCAAGAGUGUUUAUGAACGAAACGGCAACUUUGGAUUGGCCGAGUCUGCGAGCAGAGCUGAUAGCCGUUUUUGACCUCAAGAUUACUGCAUUCGAUGUGUUCAAGCAACUGGAAGCCAGGAAGAAGUUACCUGACGAGGGUGCUCUCCAGUAUUUUUUCUCCAUGUGCGGCAUUGCGCGACAAGUAGAGUUGGCACAAGAAGAUAUUAUUCGAUUCAUCGUAAAAGGCUUGGGAGAUGAAUCCGGAGAUGCGUCUGCAAUGGCUUAUUGUAGUUCUUUGGAGGAGUUGCGAAACAAAAUUAUGAUCUACGACAAAUUCAAGAAGAUGACGGCCCAAAUUUCAAAGUCGGCGGAGAAAACAAAAGCAAAUGGGACACAUGGCUAGAGAGUGCAAACAACCGAAGAGGCCGGAGGGGGCCUGUUUCAAGUGCUUUAGCGUGGAUCAUAA